AUGACCAAAGUUGAUACUGUGGCCUCUGUUCGUCCAGAAAAUGAUCAGCCAGUCACCACUUCAGCAAAAAAGAAGGAAAAGAAGAGAAAGCCCUACGUGAAGAGAGCAUGUCUUUCUUGCCACUCUGCGCACGUAGCAUGUGAGGCUGAGAGACCUUGUAAGAGAUGUAAAAAGAAGGGAAUUGCUUGUGUGGAUUAUAUUCCUUCCAAGAAGAAGUCAUCAUCAAAGGAGGAAGAUGAUGAACAAACCGAUGUGAGUGAUAAUGAAAAUCCUCUUGUUGUACAACAGCAAGAACAAGAACACACCUCUCCAAGAAAGAAGAAGAGAAGAUCCCCUACUAGUGGCGAGCCAUCGUGUGUUAUUAGGAUUUCUGCUCCAUCUUCAAUGGAUGAACAAACAUCCUCUUCCAACAAGCAACAACAAGAACAAUCGGAAGCCUUGAAUAAUUCUUCGAGUGCUCUCGUCAAGUCAGCCCUCACAUCAUCAUCCUCAGCUGAUAUUAAGAAGAGAAAGACUUCAAAGAGAAGGAAGGAUUCUUCAUCGAUUAAAUCACCACCAGUACUACCAUCCAUAAAGAUUGAAGAUGUUCCUCUUGAAGAGGAUUCAAUGCAUACAUCAUCCCCAACAAUAACUUCUGCCGACCCAGUUAGUUUUGAUCCUAUAACCAAUAAUUUACCAAUCUCGUCUCAAACAAUACCACAACCUAAUAUGAUUAAUGCUAGUAUGGUUAACCCUGACAUUGCAGCUUCUGACAACAAGUCUCAAAUGUCAAUGUAUCAACCAUAUUUCUGGAAUCAAAAUCCAAUGAUGCAACAAUGGUUUGCUAUGCAAAUGGCACAAUACCAAGCACACAAUCAACAUCUUCAACAACAAACAGGACAACCUCAACAAAAUAUGGUCUAUCCACCAUUCUUCAUGAUGCCAGUAAUGCCUCAACAACAAGCCCACACAUUCCCAGUACAAACACCUACCUCUCCAAUGCAAACAGAUGUUGCAAUGUCACCAUCAACUGCUUUUCCAACUAUUGAGCAAUCAUAUAAUCCUGCAUAUGCACUUUCGUAUAGUGUACCAAAACCAAUCACCAUGUUGGAAAAUACUGAUGAUGGAUUUUCAUUCUUUGACAAUUCAGCAAACACCUAUCCUGAUAAUGGAAAUGCAUUGAUUGAAGAAUUAGAUGUAAACAAUAAUGGACUUGUGGAAGAACAUUCUAAUGAUGGAUAUAAUAAUGAAGAAAAACCAACACAAACUGUAACCACUCCUCCACCAAACAAUAAUACUACUGAUAAUCUGGCAUUCUUUGAAGAUGAUGAUUACUUUGGUACUAGUGCUGCAGAUUCUUAUCCUAACUUUCCAGAUUACACUUCCUCUCCACAGCCAACAUUCCAAGAACCUCAAGAAAAGAAAAAACCAAUUGUUGCCCCUCAAAAAGCAACAGAUGAUGAUAUUAUAGAUCUGAUUACAUCUGAGGCUUCUCUAUUGACUGAAAAAUCUAAAGAACAACAAAACAAUCAAAUCAACAGUCCAAACACAACACUGUCAAAUAUUGAUUCUAGUGGUACUAAUGGCUCAUCAGACAUUGACCUCACUGUGAAUGACAUUAAUUAUGUAAUCAGUCAAGCUCCAGAUAAUAUGAUUUCAAAGCAAACUAUUGGAGAACUCAUCAAGAGAAUAUGGCAAACCCAAGAAAAUCAAACAAAGGAAAUUAACGAACUCAAACAAUUGGUUAGUGAACUCAAGAGGAUGAUCAUUUCAUAAACUUUGCACCUAAGAUUUCAAAAGAUAAUAAACCAUUAAACUUUUU